AUGACGGGUAAAUGUGUUGGUAUUGUCCGUGAAGUGUAUCAUAUAUGGGAACGUCGUACGAACAAUACGUUCGUGCUGGAGCAAAACUUGUCGGAAGAUCUUGCAGCAGCAAACGUCAUUGUAGGCGUCAAACAGGUGCCAGAGUCAGCGCUGCUGGCAGACAAGACGUAUCUCUUCUUUAGCCACACUAUCAAGGCACAACCCGAGAACAUGGCACUAUUGAACGCUGUGUUGCACCGUCGUGUUACACUUAUUGACUAUGAGUGCAUUACAGAAGAGAGUGGAAAGCGUUUGAUUGCCUUUGGAAACAAUGCAGGACGAGCAGGAAUGAUUACAGGUUUUCGAGGCCUUGGAGAACGCCUCAUCAAUAUGGGCAUCUCCUCGCCUUUCGUAAACAUUGCAUCCACGUACAUGUACGCAGACUUGGAGCAUGCAAAAGAUGCGGUGAAAAUUGCAGGAAGGAGGAUUCAUUUGGAAGGACUGCCGAAAGCAUUAGCGCCCAUGACCUUUGCUUUUACAGGCAAUGGCAAUGUUUCAAAGGGUGCACAGGAGAUCUUUAAGCUUAUGCCUCAUGAAAUGGUGCACCCGUCAGAGCUAUCAGAUUUGCCAGCGAAUAAUCGAGUUCUGUACGGUACAGUCAUUGAUGACCCAGACUAUUUUGUGAAGCCUCAAAAUGGAGCUAUUGCCACAAAUUUGCGCACACACUACUACCAGAAUCCGCAUCAGUACGAAGCUGUUUUUCAUGAGAAAGUGCUGCCGUACACUUCGAUGCUGGUGAAUUGCAUGUACUGGGACGAACGAUUUCCACGAUUAAUCACGCGGGAACAGAUCCGGGAGCUUCGAGAUAGCGGAAAUCAAAAGCUGCUAGGUAUUGCUGACAUUACGUGUGAUAUUGGAGGCAGUGUCGAGUUUUUGGAGCGCAACACGGAGAUUGAGCGUCCUUUUGCCCUGUACGACGUCGCUAAAGAUAAAAUGCGCGAUGGUGGAAAUGAUUGCGGACUUGAAGGAGAUGGUAUCAUGAUGAUGGGAGUCGACAUUUUACCGAGCGAGUUGGCACGCGAGUCGAGCCAGCAAUUUGGUGACCGCUUGGUGAAAUAUGUUACCGCGCUGUUGAGUACCUCCUCGUCCAAUGUUCCUCUUUAUGAACAGACGGAUCUACCAGCUGAGUUGCGUCGCGCUUGUGUUGCCAGCAAGGGUGUGCUGGCACCCAAGUACCAAUAUAUACAUCGCAUGGAUGCCGAGCGUAAGCGUAGCAAACAGUACAACUUCUUGGAUGCACAACAAGAGGUUGCUGGUAGUACGUAUGUCUUGCUCGAAGGACAUCUCUUCGAUACAGGACUGAUCAACCAGGUGCUCAACCUCAUCGAGGGCCAUGACAGUGGGUUCCACCUUGUGGACUGUAAAUUGCGACCAGUCAGUAAAGAUAGAGACAGUGAUGGCGGCGCAAUCUCGAGCGCCAUCAUUCAGAUCAGCAUGAAUGAUCGUGAUGCUCUGGAUGAGAUUAUCAAAAAGAUUCGCUUACUAGCUGAACUCACUUCGGGAGCGAAGGCUACUGUCACUGAGCUACCUGACUUUUGUGGUACCAAUUUCUCAAAAUCGCGUGAUGGAAUAGUGAAGAAGGAUGCGAUGGGUAGGAACACGACAGCUGAUGUCUCGGUCAUAAGCUCGCUGGAACGUAAGAUUGUAUGCUUUGGUGCUGGAUUGGUGGCAUCGCCGCUUGUGGAGUAUUUAUCUCGCGAUCAGGGAUAUGAGUUGCAUGUGGUCUCGAGUGUUGAGAGCGAAGUAAAGGAAAUGAUGCGCAACAUCACGCGGCAAAACAUUAAGCCUCAUAUAGUCAAUGCAAUGGAGGAUGUUAGCAGUGUUAACAAUCUCUGUGCACAAGCCGACUGCGUUGUGUCGUUAUUACCGGCAACCAUGCACGCAGACAUUGCCCAGUACUGUAUUAAGCAUGCAACACCGCUUGUGACUGCUAGUUAUGUGUCACCUGAAAUGAAGGAACUGGACGCCAAGGCAAAGAAGGCUGGUAUUCCUAUUCUCUGUGAAAUCGGUCUUGAUCCUGGUAUAGACCACAUGAGCGCAAUGAAGGUCAUUGAUGAAGUGAAGGCGCAUUGUGGAAAGAUCGUGUCGUUUUCAUCUGUGUGUGGAGGAUUACCAGCUCCAGAGGCAGCAGACAACGCCAUUGGUUACAAGUUUAGCUGGAGUCCGCGAGGCGUGCUAACAGCGGCAUUGAAUGAAGCUCAAUAUCGCAAAGAUGGUGAAGUCAUCACUGUUGCCGGCGAAGAAUUGCUCAACAACAGCGAACGCGUAAGGUUUUUGCCGGCAUUCAACAUCGAGCAGAUUCCAAAUCGAAACUCACUCCCAUACGGGGGAAUUUACGGCAUUCCAGAGGCACACUCAUUGUAUCGAGGUACACUUCGCUACGGCGGUUGCUGCCAAAUCUUGUACCAGCUUCGAAAGCUGGGGCUCUUUGAUAUGAAUCAUUCCAAGCCUCUUCCUGGAACCUGGCCCAAGCUUCUGGCUGAGCUGGGUGGAGUGCAAGGGCUUCGUAAAGACGCCCACGGGUUCCUCAAGUGGCUUGGUGCCUAUGACCACACUACACCAAUGGUCAAAGCUCCUUCUGUUCUUGAUGCGUUCUGUGUCCUGUUGCAAGACAAGUUGUCAUACCAGCCCGGUGAACGCGACAUGGCCAUCAUGCACCAUGAGUUUGGCAUCGAGUAUGAAGACGGCAAAAAGGAAAAGCGAACGUCGACGUUCGUGGGCUACGGAUCCGAAGAGGGUGACACAAUCAUGGCCAAAACUGUUGGUUUGAGUGCGGCAAUCGGAGUGCAGCUGAUUUUGCAGGACGCCGUUCAAGGUCGCGGUGUGCUUACCCCGACGACCCCUGAUAUCUAUCUUCCGGCCCUCGCACGGCUUGAAGUCGAAGGUGUGCGUUUUACCGAAAAGUCAUUGCCGCAGCAUUAA